UCACAUUAAUCCGUUAAAUUUCACACGUGUUUCAUGUAAGGCAUUAACUAUUGCUGCGUGGCGUUUGGUCAUCAUAAUGAUUGUACAACAAGAUCAAAACUGAGUUUUUAUAUUAUUGGUCAGAUAAUGUAAAGAACAACAAACGAGUGACACGUUCUGCAUGGUAAUGAUUGUCACACACGACCCUCUCAUAGGAAAUUCACCAGAUUUGAAUCCUAUAGAAAAUGUAUGGGAGCUGAUAAAGAGAGAAGUGGCAAAGGAUAUCAUUACAACGAAACAUCAACUGAUUGAGAAGAUCAUUCGUCUGGAAUCGUCAUCCACAGAUUCAGGAGGCAGUUCAGUCAUGUAUUGAUAGUAUGCCAAGGCGUAUCAAAGCAUUAAUAACCGCAAAAGGAGAUAACAAUGGGGAAUGAAGGUUAUAUCUACAAGUGGGCUACAACGCUAUGGACCUAUUUGGUGCUGUACUUGUUAGGAGCAUGGUACAUGGUAAAGGAGCUGCUGGUACCCCAUAGGACACCAACAGGAAUCUCAAGUCAGAAGGGGAGAGUGGCGGUCAUAACUGGUGGAGGUCGUGGGAUAGGUUUGCAGACUGUCCGUCAUUUUCUCCAAUUAGAAAUGACUGUCAUUAUUGGUGGCAGAGAUGUGAAGUCAAUGGAGGAGGCUGUGUCAAGAUUGCGUUCAGAGGGAGUAAGCACUGGAACAGUAAAGUGCUUUGAGCUGGACCUCUGCAGUUUAGCCUCUGUUCACAACUUCGCUAAGGCAUUUACUAAUCUGGGGAUGCCUCUCCAUGUAUUGGUGAACAAUGCGGGCAUCAUGUUUUGGCCAUGGAAUGUCACAGAGGAUGGCCAUGAGCAUCACUGGUCUGUCAACUAUCUAGGCCACUUUCUCCUGACCCAUUUGCUUACCCCACACAUGGCUGCUAGUUCCACCCUAAACCAACCUUCCCGUGUUGUCAAUUUGUCAUCCUCUGUUCACUACAUAGGUGCUAUCAAUUUUGAUGAUUUCAAUAAUGAAAAGGACUACAGCCCACAACGAGCAUAUGCACAAAGCAAAUUGGCCCAGAUGAUGUUUACCAUCACCCUCAAUGAACGUAUGGCCAAGCAAGGAGUGUUGGCCCUUGCUGUGCAUCCUGGUGUUGUGGCCACUGAACUUUUCCAGCAUGUAGCUUGGGCCCAAACUUUCCCAAGACUGGCCUCUACAUUUCUCAAGACACCCAGCCAAGGAUCGGACACAGUGGUGCAUGUGGCCUUGUCACAAGAGGUAAAGGAAGGUGGUCAGUACUAUGAAAACUGUCAGUGUACUCAGCCUGCAGCAUCUGCCUUGAAGAGCGAUGACCGAAACAGACUUUGGGAUUUGACCUGUUGUCAGCUGGAUAUUCAGGAAUUUGGCAAGAUAUGAAGGAUAACCUUUGUGGUAAUGAAUGUCUUAUAUAGAAAUGGUGCCUUAAUUUGAUAAAAGCUGUUAUAUCAUAAUGAUGGUAAUGUAAUAUGACAAACCAAAACCUUUGUAAACAUCAGGCUUGUUUCUGCUGCUACAUACAGACAAUGGAACUCCAGAAUUUGUCAUCUUAUAUUUCUAAUGUGUCUGUUUUGCAUUAUGCAAAACGCAUAAUGUAAAACAUCUAUUUUGCCACGCAGCUUUUUGUAUUACAUAUGUAGCAAUAUUUUUUCUUAUACCAUUGUUGUGCAAUGUGAAGUGAUUGAUGUGCUGGCCACAUAAAAUUAGUAACAGAAAAUUAAGUUACCAAGUGAGCAUACUGACAGGCAUUCCCUCACAUUGGAAAAUACAGUUUUCCACACAGAAUGGUGGAAAAAUGGAAUGCAUUGGAUAAUGAAGUUGUUACAGUACAUAAUGUACAUAACUUUAAGGAAAAAUUUGAUAAAUGGAGAUAUGGAGACAGGACAAUAUGAAUUGUGCAUCUUUCUUGACUUAUUUUGAACCAUGGUAUGACAACAGAGCAGAUUUAGCCCUGACAUGAUUAAAUUAUUUUAAUAAAUGAGAAAGAACCUUCGUAUCAAGGUUUUUGAGGUCACAUCAUUCAUACAUUCAUAGUUGUUUGCCAUUCAUCUUUGUUGCACACAUUCAUUCUUCCUCAUUCCACUUUAAUGUUACUCUUUAUUGCUAAUUUAAGUAUCAUGUAUAUUUAUAAAUUAUUCUUUGUAAAAGGUGGCUUUUUAAAUCAUGUAUGGGGCAGUCAAGAAAAAAAAUAUAUAUAUAAGAAAAGAU